UUGGGUGGAACGGAGAAGGAGGGAAAGAAAGAGAGACACAUCCCACCAACUGAUGCUGAAUACUUUGACAGUCGGAGUUUUAUAUGAAUGUAGAAUAAAUGUACACGUUUUAGACGCGAGAUAUUUGAAAAAAAUGGAGCGGUAGUCUCUGUCGCAGUCUGUUGGGAAACACCGGAUUGCGGCUCGAUCUGUUGGACCUGGGUGCGGCAGAGGAAACAAAAACAACGCAAUCGAGAAUCAGCAGAACAGAAUAAGAAUAAGCUUGACGUAUCCACAUCGAUCAUCUGUAACACGUACACAAGACUAAAAAAAAAAAACAUGCAGAUGAUUUUUCUGUCUGUUUGCUUUCUGCUUUUGAGAGGGGCCUUUGGUGCAGAAGAGACCGUAUCAGUGAUGGAAGGAGAUUCUGUGACUCUACAAACCAACCUCACUGAAAUACUGAACACAGACACGCUACUUUGGGCGUUUGGGGCUAAAGAAAUUGCUGUUUCUCAAAUAACAAGGAAGGAUGAUUUAACCUCCAUUUACAUAACAGAGGAUGAGAGAUUCAAUGACAGAGUGCUGGUGGAUCAAAAAACUGGAUCGAUCACCAUCAGAAACAUCAGAAUCAAACACUUUGGCAAAUAUAAGCUGACCAUCUCUAGAGAAAAGACUACAACCAAGACAUUUAGAGUUACUGUGUUUGCUGUAGUCAGAGAGACAGAUGGAGUGAAGUCUUUGUCAGUGAUGGAGGGAGAUUCUGUCUCUCUACAGAAGGACUCUACAGAAUUACAGAAGGGUGAUCUGAUAGUGUGGAGGUUUGGAGAUAAAGGCCUCCUCCUAGCUAAACUGGAUGUAGAAACUAACGAGACUUCAUUAAAUGCUGAUGAUGAGAGAUUCAGAGACAGACUGAAGCUGGAUUAUCAGACUGGAUCUCUGACCAUCAGAAAUGCUAGAACCGAACACACUGGACUUUAUGAAAUUCAAAUCAGAGGCCGCGAGAGCAUACAGCAGUUCCUGCUUUCUGUCAGCACCCCCCCUCAACCACGUCUACCUGCAGGUGCCAUAGCUGGAAUAAUUAUUGCUGUUCUGCUGGUGGCUGCAUGUGUAACUGUAAUUAUUGUAUAUUACUAUCGCCGCAAGGUCUCUCGACUAGAACAUAUGGUUGAAGUUAAAGUUAAAGAUAAAGUGAUAGAGAAGGAAGGACGAACUCUCUGUCUAAAGACUGGAAUGGAUCCACAGAAGGAUGAUGAGAUAAAGUGGUGGUUUAACACACAGCUCAUUGCUAAUUUCAGUGGAGAACAGUUUACAUCAAAUGAAGGUGAUCAUGCGAGAUUCAAAGGCAAACUGUCGGCAGCAGACAAGUAUGGAGAUCUCCUCAUCAGGAACAUCAGGAGCAUUCACUCUGGAGUCUAUAAAGUUGAGGCCAAAGGCAAAACCAAGAUAUUCAUCGUUACUGUUGAAGAUAAUGAAGUGCCAGUGGAGGUGGGAGGUACUCUGACUCUUAACCCUGGUGUUAAAACACUGCCAGGUGAUCUGAUUCUGUGGACGAUUGGAGCUGCACAUCAACUCAUUAAAGCUGAAUCAGGAGAGAUCAGUUCUAAUAAUGACAGAUACAGAGGCAGACUGGAGCUGAUCCCUCAGACUGGAGCUUUGACCAUCACAAACAUGACAAAUGAAGACUAUGGAUAUUUUCAUUUACAGAUCAUCAACAAAGAACGGACCCGAUUCAGGAGAUUCAAAGUGAUCGAAAAAACCUCAAGAGGGAAUCAUUCAAAAAAACAAUCUGAAGAGAUGAAACUGCUGCAACAGGGAGCAUCCAGCGACCCCUAGGCUUAAUGUGACAUUUCAGUAACACUUUAAAAUAAUGCUCCAUUAGCUAAUGUUAAUAAUGUCUAAACAAACAACUAGUAAUACCUUUAUAAUGGUAUUUACUCAUCUUUGUUAAUGUUAUUUAUAUGUUAGUUCUUGUUAACUCAUAGUGCAUUAACUAAUGUUUACAAGCACAACAUUGGAUGUUAAUAUUGCAUUAGUUAAUGUUGAACUAUUAUUAAUAAAUGCCAUACAACGUUAUUCAUACUUAGUUAAUGUUAGUAAAUAAAUACAUUACCUAACAAUAACUAAUGAACUAUUAUCCUAAAGUAUUACAGACUUUUCUUUAUUUCCAAUGUGAUCUCUUUCAAUUAUUUUUGCUUACGGACUCUGAGAAGUGAAAGACAAUUGGCAUUUCACACAAACAGCAGAAGGGUCACGUAUGGCUGACUCCAGAGGUCUCAAAAGGUGCUGGUGUCAUCAUUUGAGGUGACACCCAUUUCACAAAGUUGGGCAAGCUCUCAAGGGCCCUCAUUGCUUAGCUGCGAUCGAGGGCUGAGUUCAGUCCAGCAAACUAUUAGACAAGCAGUCAUUGGGGAAGGUGGUCUGAUAAGUGAGAGCUGUGAGGCCAAUUAAAUACUGCACAUGAUCCAGGCCACGUGAUCAACAACAACAACAAAAAAAACAACACACUAGAAACAACACACUGGGCAAAACAAAACAGGAUACACAAAUGCUGUAUAGCCCUAUUUUGUCUUCUCUGUCUAUUCAAACUAUUGUAGUUUGAAAUUUUUAUAGUCCCCAUAUAAACAUCAGCAUGUCGCUUUUUUCAUAGCGCAAAUCAUGAUGUAAAUAUUUUUACUUGCAGCUUCUGUCACCAGCCGAAUCAUAAGUUUUUAGAAAACUUCAAAAUCAACAGUUAUAAUUUAAGCUGAUUUAUGGUUCAUGUACAGUACAGAUCACUUGCUCACAUGCUGUCUAAUAUGCUUUUUUAUGCAAAGAGCAACUUCAUUUCAAUCUAAACCUAUUUAUUAGAUUCUAAAUAUAAGCUUAGGCCAUUAAUAUCACUGGAGACCCAAGACUGUCCUGCAAAUACAUUUUUUGCAAGCUGAUGCAACACACAUUUACUUGACUUUAGAACGUUAUCUUCAAUAUCUGACCACUGUUUGUGAUAAAACCCCUCGGCAAUUUCUUAAAUUAGGUCAGGUGUGCAAAAUUAAUAAUCGCUAACAUGUCAUACAUUGUUUCCCAGAGAUGGGUUGCGGCUGGAAGCGCAUCCGCUGCGUAAAAACGUGCUGGAUAAGUUGGCAGUUCAUUCCGCUGUGGAGACCCCGAAUUAAUAGAGGGACUAAGCCGAAAAUAAAAAGAAUGAAUGAAUGUCAUAUGUUGUAUAUUAAAACAACUCCUCAAUAUACUGUAUAUACAGUGUACUUAUUUGAAGAAAUGGUCUUUUUGGCAUGUUUAUUUAAUUUGUGGCAUGCAGAAAUUCAUUUGUUAAUCAGAUCAUAUUUUUAUAACUCACUCUUCUUCUCGUGACAUUUUUGUUCUCCUGUCUCAGUGUUACUGCAGAGUGUAAAUUCAUCUGAAAGAUGAAGCUCAUAACGGAAUAAUUUCCAUAUGGAUUUAAUGCAGUUUUGGAAGAUUUAUAUUAAUCAUUAAAUUUAAAAAAAGGAUAUUUACAUUACAGUUGCCAAAAGGGACCAGAUGAUUGUACAUAUAUGAACAACUCAAAAUACAAAAUUUUAGGGUUUUCUUUAUAUAUAGGGUUCAACAAUAAGCACUGCCCGAUGGCCUGGGGCCAGCAUGAGAGAGACUUGGGACAGUAGACAGGAUCGUUCGUGGCUCAAUCUGGCCAAUGCUGCCUUGUUACUUAAGUUUAUAUAGCCUGUGACUAUUUGUCAAUUGUGUGUGAAUAAACUCUUAGAAUCCAGAAAUAGUUAGUGCUUCUAAGCCUUUAAAUGCUACCUUCUCUGUGAAGUCAUAAUCACCAUAUUGCCUUUAUGGUUCCUCUUAUCUGAUUGGAUGUUAGCAUGUUAAUUUUUUUCUUGAAUGUUUCUCAUUAUACCUUAUUAAACUUUUUUUUAAAUAUUUAAAUUCUAGAUUCACAGACGUUAUUUUUGACACAUUAUUUUUAAAUAAGUGGCUAAGAAAUAGCUGUUAACCUUUUUUUUGGCCAGUGAAAAUUUUGCUAGGCCAAGUAAAAACUCAAUCGGGCCAGGGUUCAAUGCUAAGAAUUUUUUUCUACUGGCACGAUUGAGUUUUACUUGGCCUAGCAAAAUUUUCACUGGUUAAAAAGGUUAAUAAGGUAUAAUGAGAAACAUUCAAGAAAAAAAUAACAUGCUAACAUCCAAUCAGAUAAGGGGAACCAUAAAAGCAAUAUGAUGAUUAUGACUUCACAGAGAAGGUAGCAUUUAAAGGCUUAAAAGCACUUAAAAAUAAAAUUUAUGUUAAGCUUACAUGCUAACUUUUAAGCUACACUAAAAUGUUUGACAUGUAUUCCUUGCUGUCAUUGGGCUUUAUGGUUGUGUUAUAAUGAACUCGAUAUAGGUUGUUUGUAUUUCUAACAUAAUUAACAGAAAUCUAUUGUGUAUAUAUUCUUUAUAACAGUAAUAGCAAUUUACUGUUUUGCACCAUGAGCCUUCACUUUGAAUGCCUUUUCAUAAUUCUGUGUUUACUAUGGUAAAAGUAUCUCAACAGUACUGUAACGUUUUACAAUUUUUGGACUGUAUUAUUGUAAUGUAACAAACACUUUUAGCAACGCAUGCAUGUAUUGUGAAUGAAUAAAACGUGCACUGCAAGGAUGGUAUAUUAUGCAUUGUGGUUUGGAAAUAAAGGUUCAGUAAUUCUUGAAACCUAAAUCUGAGUG